AUGGAAAUGGCAGGAAAAAUUACCUCACUGGACAUGUCCUCUGAUGGCAUUCACCUUUUAUGUUCAACAAGAGACGAUACAUUGUCCUUAUUGGAUAUUCGGAAGUAUCAGACAGUACAUAUAUACAGCGCUGAGCACUAUCGGACUUCGACUGAUCUCUCUCGUUGUGUUCUUUCGCCAGGGAUGGGAUAUUGUGCUGCAGGGUCUGCGGAUGGGCACGCUUUUAUUUGGAACGUGCAGUCUACGAAGCUGGAAAAGGUUCUUCAUAAAGGAGGACAUGAGCACGCAGUGCUUUCGCUGAACUGGAAUCCAUCUGGUCAUGGUUUACUUACGGCGGACAAGCAAAAAACAGUCUGCAUGUGGAAAUGA